UCAGUAAUUAAACAGCCCACUUUUUGGCUGCGUGUGUAUAUAAGUAGUGCACACUUACUGCAUCUCAGCAUUGCUCUCGGCAUUUAGCUGUUGGUGAUCUUCAUCUUCUGUCCCCAACAUAGUUCACAGUUGCAAAGAUGUUGACAAUAUCACUGAUAAUGGGGCUAGUUGUAGCCUUGUGCUGUUUCUUUUGGCUUAUUGUUGGCAUUAGGAGAAGGCAGCCCUCUGAGCCACCUCUGGAAAAUGGCUUCAUUCCUUAUCUUGGAUGUGCCUUGCAGUUUGGUGCCAAUCCUCUUGAGUUUCUCAGAUCACGGCAGAAGAAAUAUGGGAACGUCUUUACUUGCAAAAUUGCUGGAAAUUUUGUCCAUUUUAUCACUGAUCCAUUUUCCUUCGACUCAGUAAUGCGUCAUGGGCGACACUUCGAUUGGCAGAGAUUCCACUUUGAAACUGCAGCCAAGGCCUUCGGACACAGCAACAUGCAUCCUUCAGAUGGCAAGUCCACUGAAAAUAUUCAGGAAACAUUUAAGAAGACAAUGCAGGGUGAUGCAUUGGAUCCCCUCAUUACUGCUAUGAUGGAGAACCUUCAGCGCACCAUGCUGCAGCCCAUUGCUUCUAAAACGAACAACAAUGAAUGGAUCAACGACGGCCUCUAUGCCUUCUGCUACCGGGUGAUGUUCGAGUCUGGCUACUUGACUAUUUUUGGCAAAGAGUUGAACUCGAUGGACGACAAAAGUUUAGCUAGGCAGGAAGCCCAGAGAGCACUGAUCCUUAAUGCCCUAGAAAACUUCAAAGAAUUUGACAAGAUUUUUCCUGCCCUUGUAGCAGGUCUGCCAAUCCAUGUCUUCAAAUCAGCCCACAGCGCCAGGGAGAACCUUGCCAAAGAUAUGCUGCAUGAGAAACUCAGGCAAAGAAUCAACCUCUCUGACAUCUGCAGUCUCAGGAUGUUCAUGAAUGACACGGUUACCACUCUAAAUGACUCAGAGAAAGCGAAGACCCAUGUGGCACUCCUCUGGGCAUCCCAAGCUAACACUCUCCCGGCAACAUUCUGGUGUGUCUACUACCUCCUUAGAUGCCCAAAGGCAAUGAAAGCGGCUACUGAAGAGAUCAAAGAGAGUUUGGAGAAAGCUUCUCAGAAUGUGAGCCUUGAUGACAACAAGUACAUCUUUCUGAAUCGACAUGAACUGGAUGACAUGCCAGUCCUAGGUAGUAUAAUUAAAGAAUCUAUGAGGCUGUCCAGUGCAUCUCUCAAUAUCAGGGUGGCCAAGGAAAACUUUGUUCUAAAAUUGGAAGAUAACGGAUCCUACAACAUUCGGAAAGAUGAUAUUGUAGCACUCUACCCACAGACAGUACACCUGGAUCCUGAAAUCUACGAAGACCCCUUGACAUUCAAGUAUGAUCGCUACCUGGAUGAGAACAGAAAGGAAAAUACCAGUUUUUACCUUAAAGGAAAGAAGUUAAAAUACUACUACAUGCCAUUUGGGUCUGGAAAAACCAUAUGUCCCGGACGUCAGUUUGCAGUACAUGAGAUCAAGCAGUUACUGACUUUGCUGAUUUCUUACUUUGAGUUGGAACUUGUAGAUAAAAAUGUCAAGUCCCCACCUCUAGACCAGUCUCGUGCUGGCCUAGGCAUUCUGCAGCCCACUCAUGAUGUUGAUUUUAGAUACAGAUUGAAAGACCUCUAAAUCCAACUACCUGAACUACACAGUACGCAUGUUGGUGCCCUGAGGUCACAGCACAGAAUGCUACACACUACAUACCUUAAACUGGGUACACACUAUAAGUUAUGUGGUACACAUCAUACAGUGUGUACCCCCAAUCCAUCGUACCCGGCUGUCAUUCAUUGAAUUGGCCGUUGGCUGUGCUGCGCGUCCGUGGCCGACCGCCUUGUAGUUACAUGCAGUAUAUAAUGAUAUAUACGGAUCAUGCAGUGUUUACGGCAGAUGCAGUGUAUCAUGUCACUGCGUCACAACAUCACAUGUUGUAAACUCAGCUUUACUUUCUGUUCAUGACCUUUUCCUGUACAUUCAUUGCACUCUGCUCCAUGGUAUAGCUGAAGUAAUGUUAUCUUAUAUUUUUCUCUCCUGAUAACACUCAGUUAUUUCAAUGAGAAUAUUCAUUUUUGAGAUUUUACUCUAGAUACUUGUCACUUAAGCACACACAUAAAACUGCGCUCAGUAUUAUUUUACAGUAUGUAAAACUCAUAUAAAGUUUUUGAGAAUGUAAUAAAUACUUGAAAGAACAGUUUAAUCAGUUUAAUCAGUCAGAGGAUAAUAUGUAUAUUCUUAUGCACAGUUUUAUCAUUAAAAAUAUGAAAGCAGAGAAGUUUUAUGCUGGGUCUGAGCAGAAUUUCUGUAUAUUUUGUAAUUGAGUGAAAAUUGUCUUGAUAGGCAAGCGGACUCUUCCCAAUAACUAUUUAUAGUGUUUUAACUAUAAAUCACAUUGUAAAUAUUAACAGCCGAUUACUUAUAUGCAAAUUCAAAAAAAGAAUGAAUAUUCAAAAAGCUGUUUUUGGUGGACACAACUGAAAUGUCAAUGUAUUGUAUAUCUAUCUGGUGUAUAUUACUCUAUGUUUAAUAUGUUAAAAUAUUGUAUUACAUAACACUGAACUGUAUUGUAGAAGAUAUAAACAAAUCUGUAAAUAUAAUAUUAUCAAACUGUUAUUUACAACAUUUUUCCAUAACUGUGUCUUGAGCUAUAAACAUUGUUGUCUUUGGAAUUGUAAGGCAAAUAUUUGUAAAUAAACUGAUAUUUUCAAUUAACUUUCUUUGUAUUUCUUAAAACUUUUAAAUGUUACGUGUUUUCUCGGAGUUGUAGCUUACAGUAUGUCCAUGAAGCAAUGAGUUGUUACGUAACUGUAUGAGGUUGCAUUGUAAAUUCUAAGGACAUUGAAAAUUAUAUUAAUUAAAUAUACCCCUAAUAAAAUAAGCUGUGAUGGCUGGUGACCAA